ACCCCACUAGGGUUGGACUCGGAAUAUGCGGUGCAGCCGGGAGAGGUCCGGGGACUUAGGGAUCCUACUUUCCAACCAGACCUGACCCUCUGCUUAGUAGUCCGGACGGGACGGGGCCGUUCAACCUGCAGCUGGAGAAUCGCGGAGAGAUUACAACCUGUUUCCUGCUGCUACCUUUUAGAGUUUGCGCCAGUCCCAGGCCUUCGGAUUGCUCUGUGACUUCUCCACCUUGAUGAAGAUGUUUAGGAAAACCCAAGCUACGAUUUAGCCGCAGAAUAGAAAUCGUAUUACAGUCAUACUUUAUUUUAUUGUGCUUUGAGCUUUAUGCGAUUCACAGGUAUUGGCGUGUUUUACAAACUGAAGGCGAGACCCUCCACCAGCAAAAAGAUAACGACUCGUUUACUGCGAUCGAGACAGAACCUGCUAUAUUUCCGAGUUGAUACCUGUCAAGAAUCUCUUAAAUUGUACCCUGAAAACCCACAAUGGAGUUGUCGAUGCCCCCACCUCAGAUAUAUGUAGAAAAAACUCUGGCCAUUAUCAAACCAGAUAUUGUUGACAAAGAGGAGGAGAUACAAGAUAUUAUUCUCAGAUCUGGAUUCACCAUUGUUCAGAGAAGAAAACUACAUCUCAGCCCUGAGCAAUGUAGUAACUUUUAUGUGGAAGAGUAUGGGAAAAUGUUUUUCCCUAAUUUAACAGCCUACAUGAGUUCUGGACCACUUGUUGCUAUGAUAUUAGCUAGACAUAAAGCCAUCUCUUACUGGAAAGAACUUUUGGGACCAAGUAAUAGCUUAGUAGCUAAGGAGACACACCCAGACAGUCUAAGAGCAGUUUAUGGCACAGAUGACCUAAGGAAUGCACUUCAUGGGAGUAAUGAUUUUGUUGCAGCAGAAAGAGAAAUUCGAUUCAUGUUUCCUAGAGUGAUUAUUGAGCCCAUUCCAGUUGGACAAGCUGCUAAGGACUAUUUAAAUUUAUAUGUAACACCAACUCUACUUGAAGGACUUACAGAGCUUUGUAAGCAAAAACCAGCAGAUCCUUAUGUAAGAAAUCUUUAUUCAUGCUAAAGAAUAUUGUCUAUGGUUGUCAUGUAUGUAAAAUUCUUAGUCAAAGUAUCUGGUGCA